AGCGAUGGUGCCACCGUACGCGGCGAGUUCGGAAUGGUACCCAGAAUGCCUUACGGUUUCUUCUGAAAACAUAUUAGUAGUUACCUGAUAAGGCAAUGGGUACGAGUACAAUGUAGUGUAAAAGUCACAGCCCCAGGUACAGGUCGAAAGGCCACACCGCAUGCGACCGGUGCGAGGUGACUGGGUGAAUGAUGCUGCGAAAAUUACUCGGAGUUCUGACUUAAAAUUUUCAUUCAGAUUAAAUUCAACUUCAACCUACACGUAGUAUUAGGAUGUCUGCAGAAAUAAGUCCGGUGAAGAACUUCAUAGCCGGCGGCUUUGGAGGAGUGUGUCUCGUUGCAGCCGGCCAUCCACUCGAUACAAUCAAAGUCAGGCUUCAGACCCAACCCACCCCAGCCCCAGGGGCUGCCCCAAUUUAUGCAGGAACAUGGGACUGUGCCAAAAAAACCGUCACAAAAGAGGGAUUUCGUGGUCUGUACAAGGGGAUGUUUGCACCCAUCUUGGGAGUGACUCCCAUGUAUGCAGUGUGUUUCCUUGGCUUCAGUAUCGGUAAGAAGCUUCAGACUCCAGGAGCAGAUGGCAAUUAUAGAUAUGAUCAGCUUUUCAAGGCAGGAAUGCUUGCUGGGGUAUUCACUACAGCCAUCAUGGCCCCAGGCGAGCGCAUCAAAUGUCUUCUGCAGAUUCAAGCUGCGUCGGCCGAAAAGGCCAAGUUUGCAGGGCCCCUAGACUGUGCCAAACAGAUCUACAGGGAGUCAGGUCUUUUCAGGGGAUUGUACAAAGGAACAGCUGCCACGCUCCUUAGAGACGUUCCUGCUAGUGGCAUGUAUUUCAUGGUGUAUGAAUGGCUGAAAGUAUCGCUUACACCAGCGGGUCAAAAUCCUGGGGACCUGAGCCCUUUACGUGUCCUUUUGGCUGGUGGCACGGCUGGAGUUCUUAAUUGGGUAGUUGCUAUUGCACCAGACACUCUCAAGUCCAGAUUACAGACAGCCCCCGAAGGAACGUAUCCCCGAGGCAUCCGUGACGUAUUCCCAAGGCUAAUCAAGAAUGAGGGAUUCCCUGCACUGUUCAAGGGUAUCACGCCAGUCAUGAUUAGGGCAUUUCCGGCAAAUGCGGCCUGCUUCCUCGGUUAUGAAAUAGCAAUGAAGUUCCUCAACUGGGCAACGCCCAGUCUGUAAAUGUGCACCUGUUGUGGUGGUAAGUAAUGACUCUUGGCAACAGUUGAGUCGCUGCGAAUGGACCUUAAUGGUUGAUGUUAUUAGGAGUUAAUUUAUUUCAUGUUUGAAUUGUUAGGACAGAAAAGUGGUUGCACGAAAUACAUCCCCAAGACUUGCCCGACAGGGUCUUGUUCAGAGUUCAAUCCGGAUUUUUCUGUCACAUUUGUAAAUAACUUGGAUUAGUACAUUAUGCGAUCUAUAUGAAUUCAUUCUGAUAAUUCCUGAGGGUUUUUAGCCAUGCUUCUGGACAGUUUUUAUAUUUGUAAACUUGAAUUGACACGAAUUCUUUGUGCCUCAGUAUGCACAUGACUCAAUGCUCAGGGCAUAAAUACACAAAUGUUGCCGCUCAUGGUCACGGCUAAUGUAAUUCUGGACAUUGUAUGUCAGCCGAAGUUUGUAAGGCUUGAAACCUAAAGCUACCUAUACAAUCCAUGAUUUCACAGCUGUCCACUCAGAUUUUUAACCAUCAAGAAAUACUAUUGUUGGGCUGUACCUUUCUAACUCCAAAAACCUUCAACAUCCAUCAGUUAGUUUUUGCAAGGAUCUGGGAGGGUUGGAUCAGUAUUCGUCCUUUUUUUUAGCUGUAAUCUUGAGUUUUGUUAGUGUUUAAAAUAUGACCUCCAACUUCAGAAAGAUUUGUUGGUAUAAUUUUAGCAAAGGACGAACUUGAUUAUUGCUCAGAAUCCCCAUCGAGGGUCAAAAUCAAGUUUGAAUAUUGUAGUUGUUAAUCAGUUCGUGGACUGAUAACAUAAUGAUGCCAGGCUUUCUUAACAGGUGUACUUUCCCAGGGCAUUGAGGUCGGACACAAUCAUUCAACCUGUAAAAGGCCAGUGCACGGGUAAACAAAGCCUUGCAUCAUGUUUUUAAUUGGCUCCAAUCGAAACAAAAGAGUGGUUUUUUUUAUUCACCACAUAGGUGCGCCAUGAGGCGCGCAUGUAUAUGCACGUUUGAUGCCGAGUACGCAUAACUAAUUUACUCCAGCAUGUAUGGUCUUUGCGUACACGCAGAAUGCUGCAAGAACCCGCUUUUAACCACCAGUCUUUCUUUUCGCCGAUUGGGGGUGCACUUCAGCUCGGGGCAGAAAGGCCUUUUAAUUCAGAACCCAUAAUGUGUUAGUUUAUGAGAGUUAAUGGCAUACACCCUGCAUACCAAUACUACACGUAGCUUGCCCACGUAGAUGUUGUCAUGUCACAUUAAUAAGAGUUUCCCUUCACUUUCUAAAUAGUAUACAGAAUGGCCAUUGUUUAGAGACCCCUUAGUCUUUAAAUGACAUUGAAGUGAAAGAAUAUCGUUGUUAAAAUGUUACUAAGACAGGAAGUCACUUCAAGUGCUCUUUUCACCUUCAGCGCAGUUGCAAUGUAUGUUACUCAGUAAACAUCCUUCAUCUUUUCUUUUCAUAAAGAAUGAUUUUAUUUACUCACCAGGUGUUAUUAAUCACAAAGAAGGCUGAACUUAUAAGCUGGCCAUUUGUAAAGCACGUGCACUUCACUAUGUAAAGGCAAAUUUUUAUGUUUGCCCAAACCACUGAAAUUCCAUCCUAAGAAAAUUCUACAUUUUGCUUACUUGCUUCUGAUGGAGUUGGGAAAAAAAUCCCAGACUACCCAUCCGCUUUACCACAGAGGAUUGAUCUACAAAGAGAACAAAAGAUUCUUUGAGUCUUUGGUGGUUAUCCUUUGGUUCAAAACAGCCCUCUGAUUUAAUUUAUUUAAUUUUUUCAUUUAAUUUUAUUUAAUUAUUCAUGUUUUAGUAAAGGCACAAAGGGAGAUAAAACCA